AUGAAUACGUCUUCGUUUGUUGAUGAAUUGAGAUUUUCAAAGAGACCCGAAGCAUUAAUUGUUUGUUUUGUUAGAAAAGAUGGAAAAUCUAUGUUAGAAAAGAAUUCUUUGUCAGAAAUUGCCAUCGCCGAUGAAAUAAUAAAAAAUGUGACUUUCGUUUUCGACGGUAAAACAAUUGGCUAUUUUAAUAUUUGUGGAAUGGUACGUGGCAGAUGUUACGAAAAUUCUAUUAUCAGUAUGAAAUCAUACAUAGACGAUAUUGUCUCGAAGAGGAAAAGAUUAAAAUACCCCGUUGAUAUAGAUGCUUUGACAUAUACGUUUCAAUUGUUUGCGGUAAAUUUUGGAGGUGUUACUACCAACGCUAAUGAUGAAAUAGAAAAAGCAAAAUCCAUUAGAUUAAUAUAUUACGUAGAUGAAAGUAAUUUGGUCAAAGACUCUCAGGUCAGCGAAUGGAGAAAGAUCGCGUACAAACGUAUAAAACAAUACAGUUUUAAACAUAUCAAACCUUUUCUUGAUCCGUUUCUUUCUAUGGAAAUUGAUAUAGAAAUGCUCUCUGGCUUCACAAGAAAAUACAUUGCUGUGGUUUUAAUAGUAAUAGCCGUUUUCUCCAUGAUAACACUGAUAAGUAACGACUACGUAAGAAGCAAACCUUGGCUCGGUCUGGCAAGUGUAGCGUCUACUGGAUUAGCUGUUGGAUCUGCAUUUGGAGUUUUAAGUUUUUGCGGAAUCGAAAGCACUGAUUGGAAUAUCACCAUUCCGUUUUUAAUAUUAGUGACAGAGGUCGACGAUGCUUACGUUCUGAUAGCGUGUUGGAGAAGUACGAACGUAGCGGAUAAUGUGCAGAAACGUAUGGAAGAAACGUACUUGGAAGCAUCGGUUCCAAUUACCAUCGCUUCUCUAACGAAUAUUCUGUCGUAUUCCGUUGGAUUAUUAGCACCGUUUCCUAUUGUGAAAUUUUACUGCAUCUACGCUUUAACCUGUUUAGUUUUCACUUAUCUCUAUCAAUUAACGUUUUUUGGAGGUUGCGUGGCUAUAAGUGGAUACAGUGAAGAAAAACGACGACACACUUUCUAUUUAACUGUUACAGAAGAAAGAACUUACGAAGAAAGAAAUUCGAAAGACUUUUAUAUGAAAAUAUUCAGAGAUAAAAUCGGAGAGACUAUAUUCCAUCCUUCGUCAAAAGCGAUUAUACUGCUUUUGUACGUAUUAAAUUUAUCUCUUGGAAUUUGGAAAGUCACCACUUUAAAAGACGGAUUAGACAUGAAAAAAUUUUAUCCUCGUAACUCCGAAGUCUCUGAAUCGUUUCGAAUAUAUUAUAAUUAUUAUUCGGAAUAUCCGUAUCCAAUUCAUAUUAUCAUUAACGAAACUGUGGAUUAUUCACUUCCAGAAGUUCAGAAAUCUCUCGAUAAUUUAUUCAAAGCAUUGGAAAAUCACCCGAAUAUCGCCGAUUCACGUUUGACAAUGUCCUGGUUGAAGUAUUAUAAAGAAUUUCAGGAGAAGGAAAUCGCUCGUUAUUCUCUUAGAGGUUACGACUUGUCGAAAAAACAAGACUUUAUCGACGGACUGCGCAACGUCUUCUUGAAAUUGAAGCCAGCCGAACACUUUUCUAAUGAUAUUGUCUUUAAUAAAAAUUACACCGAAAUUACCUGCAGCCGAUUUUUCGUGACGGCAAAGAAUAUUCAUAAUAUACGAACGGACCAAAAACUGACGGAUUAUUUACGGAAAAUGGAAAAAAAAACUCCAUUUAAAGUCAUUUUUCAUCACUUCCUAACAAAUAUAAUUGAACAAACUUUAAUAAUCAGACAGGUAACCUACCAAUUGUUUUGGGUAACUGCCUUGUGUACGAUCAUUAUUUUCAUCCUUUUCAUUCCCAGUAUUACUUGUGUAGUUGUUGAAACAAUCUGCAUCGUCUCUACAAUGAUCGAAACUUUAGGUUAUAUGAAUGUAUUAGGAGUCAAUCUGGACAUGGUUUCCAUGUUGAGUUUAAUCCUGUGUGCAGGAUUUUGUAUCAAUUAUCCCACACACGUGUGCUAUGCGUAUUUUCGCAGUUCGGAGGAAAGCAAUAAAGAGAAGCUUAAAAACUCCUUAUACAAAACUGGUUUUCCAAUACUGCAAGGGACUCUGUCCACGGUUCUAGGAAUUUUAGUUUUAUUAAUACACAAAAUGUACGCGUUUACAACAUUUGUCAAAAUAGUAUUUUUGAUAGCUUUUCUAACUGCCUUUCAUGCAAUAUUUGUUAUACCUGUUAUGUUAACAUUAAUAAGU